UGUCUGCUGCCUGUAGAGUUCUCAGUCUGUGUGUAGCCCUCGUGGUGCUAGAGGUGCUCCCACCAUCAUGGUCAACCAGCACUUUGCGUUUGAUGAGGUGAAGCAGUCUGUCACUGACCUGAGAGAGAGACUGGACAUCUUUUUGAUGAACGUUCAGAGUGUUCUGCCUCCUGAACCUGAAACCAGAGAUGAGUUCUUACAAUACUCCCGUCCUCUAACUCUGGACCCAAACACGGCGCACAGGGAGCUCUGCCUGUCUGAGGGCAACAGGAGGGUGACUCACUGUGACGAGUACCGGUCCUACCCCCCCCACUCCGAGCGCUUCGACGGCUGGGAGCAGGUGCUGUGCAGAGAGGGGGCGUCAGGACGCUGCUACUGGGAGGUGGAGUGGAGCGGGGAGGAGGUCUCCAUCGCCGUCUCCUACAAAGACAUCAGCAGGAAGGGACACGGCCAUGAGUGUGGCUUUGGGAGCAACGACCAGUCCUGGAGUCUGGACUGCUCCAAGUCUGCUUUCUCUUUCAGACACGAUAACGAGGAGACAGAGCUUCCUCUAGCGCCCAGCUCCAACAGAAUAGGGGUGUAUGUGGAUCACAGGGCAGGAACUCUGGCCUUCUACUGCAUCUCUGACACAAUGACUCUCCUGCACAGAGUACAGACCACAUUCACUCACACACUGUACUCUGGGUUUUGGCUUGGGUUUAAUUUUCAUCAUGGUCAGUCAUCAGUCAAGCUCCUCUGAACUACAGCUCAGACUACAACUUUCAGGAUGUGUGGUAUCAGCGUGUAAUCAGUGAAUAACAGUCAACCACAAACCAGACAUAUGCUGAUGCCGGUCUGUCAGAAAUGUGGCCUUGAUCCAAGCGGUUGCCAAAUAUCAGCAGACCCAGGGUCACAUGUUUCUCAGAUCUGGCAUCGCCAUUAAAUCAGACCCAGCAAAGGCUCAUCAGACAUCUUAAUCAAAUGAUUUAAUAGUUAAUAUAACCCAUAACUUUACUCUUAAAUGCAUUUAGUGCUAGCACAGUAAAAUACUCUCAAUACAAAUAUGUACACACACACACACACACACACACACACACACACACACACACACACACACACACACACACUCAAACACACACUCUCUCUCUCUCACACACACAAACAAUCCACAACACUUACAUAUAACCAUAAAUCAGGCUAAACCGCUGUUUCACCGCCAGCACCAUUGCCAGCCAGUGUCAUGUUUUAAACAAUA